AAAUUUUUUACACUGAGGAUGGAGAAACACCGGUCCAGGCUGCCCAGAGGAGUGGGAGAUGCCCCAUCCCUGGAGCCAUUCAUGCUCAGGUUGGAGAGGGCUCUGAGCAACCUCAUCUAACUGAAGAUGUCCCUAUUGCUCAGAGCCCCAUCCAUUUUUUCGGGCAUCCCCUAUUGUCCCAGGCCCAGUAUCUCCCCAAACCACCACCACCCGUUGAGCUCACCUCCUGCCAAGCUGUGUACUUUGUACUUUCAGACACUGCAGGAACUUGCACGGAGUCUCACAACCGCCGUCUGUGCUGGCUGCACCGGUUCCUGCUCCCUUCCGUGGGGAGGCUGUGACUGUUGCUGUUGAACCACCACGAGCUCCAUGGAUGGAGCUGACCAGGCUCCAGGCACCUGCUGAACCAGCUCGGAGUUGAGCUUUCACCCUACAGGUUUUGAUCGUUAACAUCUGGACUUACCUCAUCAAAGGCAAUGGAUUACAAAGAAUUACCUGUGAAUGAAUGGAAUGAGAACAAUGUCAAAUGUUGGCUAGAAUCUACUGGAAUCAAGAAAGAGUAUGUAGAAAAACUACAUGCGGAAGAAGUGACAGGUCCAGCGCUAAUGGAGCUGGACGAAUCUUUCCUCAAGAACAUAGGGAUGAAGGGAGGCCAAAUCCACAUGUUAAUCUGCAAGAGAAACAAACUUCGGGAGCUACAGGAAAAUGCACAGCAAACCAAGCAUUCCAGCAGCAAAACGUCUGACAAAACUGGUGCACAAACAGAUCCAGUGAGACCCAAAAAUGCCCCUGCUGAGGGAACUUCAAAUGGAGACAGCUGUGGUCCAGGAGAAAAAGCCAGCAGAGAGCACACAGCUGCUACUUCUGGCAAGAGGCAAAGGAAAGGUAACAAAUCCCAACCUCAAAGUACUGAUGAAGUUUUAGAGCUCAGCAACUGUCGACCAUUUAGAAGUCAGAAUACUGACUUCAAGUAUGUGAAAGACAGGGUUCUUGCUCCAGAAUCAGGAGUCAAUGAUUUAAUCACUCCUUGCCACGAAUACAAAUCUUUUGCCAUUGCUGCAGAACUCAACAGAAACCAACUGCAAUCAAAAUUUGCCUGUGAAGUGAUACGAUUUGCUUCAGCCUGCAUGAACAUUCGGACCAACGGCACCAUACAUUUUGGUAUCAUGGACAGCGUCGAGGACAGCGGUUGGAAACAUGGGCAGAUCCUUGGCAUAAAGGUCAAAGAUCGAGACCACUACGUUGAUGCACUGGAUUAUAUAGACAAAUGUUUUCCUGAAGAAGUACGGGAAAUUGCAAGGAAAUGUAUUCACCCACCUGUGUUUGUGGAAGUUAUUUCAAGAGAGUCUCAGGAACAAAGAUUUGUGGUGGAGGUUGACAUUGAACCAACAUCCAGCUUAGUGAAGAAGAGAUGUUUUGAAGUCUAUUUGCCAAAAUACAAUGAAGGCAGCCAGAAGGUGACCCUGACAAAAGAGCGAGCUCUCUAUCAGAGACUAGGAGCAAAGUCUGAAACUGUAAAGCACAACGAUUUAGUUACUUUCAUUCAGGGCUUACAAGACAGGGAUGCUCAAAGAGAAAAGGCUGAGCUCUCCAGGGCAGAAGUGCACACAGAAGUAUCUCAAGAUUUAGGAAGAAAGUUAACAAUUCUACUAAAUGAUGGCAAAAGCUAUAUAGAUGAUUCCCUACGGUACAUCCUUGUCACAAACAGAUGUGAAAAGGAUAAUCUGAACCAUAUCAACUUCUUAAUGCACUUGAACAUCUUCUGUGUCUUUGACUUUGAUGAAGAUUCUAAUGUGUCAGGACUGCACAGCAAGUACAAAGAACACCAUGCAACAAGGUCUUAUUUUUUACAGGAUUUUGCCAAUGAAAGUAAGACCAGCAACCCCACCCUCCAGAAACAUUUGUGCCUGUUUGACCAGACCAGCUGGAUAUUCUGCAACGGGCGCAGUGACUUCUGCGGGGGGGAAGAACCUUGUGAUGAAAAUACAUGGAUUAGAACAAAAAAAAAAUACCUUAAAAAAGCAAUUACUCGUAUCUGUGAUGAAAUCCUGCCAAAGGGGUCUUUCAUUGUGCUUUUCCUGCUGCUAUCACCAGUGCAGAAAACACUGGUGGACACUUUUCAGGAAUUCUAUACAGAGAUGAAUGGCACUGAAUACAUCGUUUGCAUUGCAGAGUCCAGAGAGAAUUAUGGGAAGUGGGCUAAUCUAGCUCAGGCUUCCUGCAGCAUUGAGACUCUGGACCGCUGCAGCGUGGUGGGUAUGCAACUGAGUCACGUAGAUGCCACCAUUCAAGCAAUGCUGCCUUCUACUGCACAACCCAGACACCUGCCAGUUUCCACUAGAGGGCUAUGUACACUUCCCUCCCUGGAAGAAGAGAAACUCUUUUCCCUAGAAAUCCUUUGUGCUGACCAAUGCGAAGAUAUCAAAUUAGAUUCUUUGCCUGAAAAAGAAAUACAAAAAAUAGAACAAAAUUUUUACCGAGGGAGAAAAAUCAUCUGGGAAAACUUCUGGCUUGCUGAAAAAGGAUGCUGUGGGGAAAUCAUUGAACGCGAAGCAUGUAAGGAUGCCAGCAAACUCCUAGAUGACAUUUUACGACGAAGUGGAUACAACUGUUCUGUAGCUAAACUAAAGAUAUUUCACCAUCCUGGAAGUGGUGGAAGCACAAUAGCACGGCAAGUUCUAUGGAAAAAAAGAAAGGACUUAAGAUGCGCUGUUAUCAAAACCUCCUAUCCACCUGUAACUGUCUGUGAGCAUGCACUGGCACUCAGAGAGUAUGAAGAAAGAGACAUCAGCUAUUGUCUUCCUGUGCUCCUCCUCAUUGAAGAUUAUGAUGAAGACUAUUUAGAAGAACUAAGGUAUGAGCUAAUGGAUGCUGUAGCAAUCAGAAAAAUUAAUUCCCCCAGACCUUACUUCAUCCUCAUGUGCUGUAGACGAUCCAAUGACCCUGAAAGGCUUUGCAAGGUUUCUCCACUGGACACAGUUGCUGUCACUCACAAGCUGACGGACUCAGAGAAAACCCUGUUCAAAAGUAAACUUGAAAAACUGAAGCAGAAAGAUGUCAAGCUAGAAUUCAUACUCACGUUUGUCCUGAUGUGCGAGGAGUUCAACGAAACGUAUGUGCGAGAUUUUGUAGGGCACAUAUUGCAAGGCAUCGACCGUUCUUCCCGUGAUACACGUUUGAUGUGUUAUGUGGCAUUGCUUAAUUUUUAUGUACCUAAUUCGUAUGUUUCAUUGUCACACUGUGAGGCUUUUCUGGGACUGGGGGUAUAUACAGAAAGAACAUCAAGAGCAUAUGAUUUCAAAAGUCAUUUGAGCGAACAAGCAAGAAUGAUUUUUAUUGAGCUAAGAGAAAGUACCACCUAUAUUUCAUCUGUUCAGAUAAUACACUGUCUGGUUGCAAAAGAAAUUCUGCAUCAGCUUUCAGGAAAUGAACCUCAAAGUCAACUUGCAAUGACACUUCUUCAGGAAAAGACACUUUUUGAAAACAGAUUUGGACGAGAUGAAUUCAUAAAGUUCAUCAGAGAUCUGUUUAUUCGGCGUGAUAAAAGAAGCAGGGGUGACAAUACCGACACUCUUUUCUCCCCAUUCAUUGAACAUGUCUGUAAAGCUGAAGACUGUGAAAAAGCUAUAGCUAUUUUAAAAGCUGCAUACGAACUCCUUGGAAAAGAUGCUUUUUUUGCCCAGCAGCUUGCCAGACUGCAUUACAUCAAUGAAAAAUUUGAAGAUGCAGAGUACUGGGCAGGGGUGGCAAAACUUCACUUGCCAAACGAUUCUUACAUAUUAGAUACAGAAGGUCAAGUCUACAGGAAAUGGUUUAGUUUCACUGUGGAUAACAAGACACAGGAUGACGUCAUUCAAAAGAUAGAGAUUGCUCUUAAAGCUAUAAAAUGCUUCAGGUCGGCACAACAGGCUGCAAAAGCAGAACGUGACAUUAUGAACAAUGCUGGCUAUUUUGGAGAAGUGGAAGUAGGAUGUCGUCUUCUUAGAUUUUUGUCCACAAUCCCUGUAUUUAGCAAUACAGAGGGGGAACAUUCCGAGCUUGUGAAAUACCUGAUCACAGACUACAUUCCUAAAGACAUUGAAAAAACAUGGGGAAGGCUUCACUCCCGCUUAAAAGGCUUACGCCAGAGCCUGUACAAUGCUCUAGAAUGGAUUUCAGAAGAUCUAAGUUAUUUCCAAACAGAUAAAAACCAUGAGAUGGAAGAGGAAGAUGAGAAAGAUGAAAUAGAACAAGUUUAUAAUCCCAGAAAAUGGCUAAACAGACAGUCAAAGGUAUACGCUAAAUUCUUCAUCUCAACAUCACUGAUGGAGGAAAGCAAUGGUGGCCCUGAAAGCCAGCUGAUUAGGCACAUGAAUAUUUAUAAGAGAGGUGGAGGUAGCGUCACUAAUAUCCUGUCGUUCUUAUCAGAUAAGAAACAGAGUAGGUCAGCUGAAAACCUAGAAAAUAUCCUCAGUUUAUAUACAGAUAACCCACAAAGGGAUAAGCUAGAGGACAACGAUCUGAUCCAUUACAUUUUGUGCCACAUCACGUUAUCGUGCUUAGCACCAGGAUCAGCCAAACUUCUUCCACUGCAAACUCUUCGUGACCUCAGUGUAAGAUUUCAUAAAGGAAAAAGACAAUGUCCAGCAAGUGCCUAUUUUUUGCUCACCUUGCUGUACUGGCCAGAUGAGGCAUUAGACAAAGAACCUAGUCCAGAAAAAGAUGAAAUUCUAAACUCAGCCCUUCAAACCCUGAAACGUUCAUAUGACAUCAAGAUGAAAGAUGUUCCUACCAGAAAGAAAAGAAUCUACACUCACUUUUUUCUGGGAAAGGGUUAUGGCUUACGUAAGAUUGUACACAAAACUAAAAUUGAUAAAUUAAUUACUGGGUCCUUAAAUGAGAGGAGAAUGAAGUGGCUACAGGGAACUGUAUGGCAUACUGGUGAGAUUCAUGACAUCCUCAAAAGAGUUUCUGGUUGGACCAAAGACAGAAAUUUAUUUAUGCGUGGUCACGUGAAGGAAUUUCCUGUCUUGCCACUCCAUCGAGAUUCAGUGCCCCAUGGAAAUGAAAAUGUGACCUUUUAUUUAGGCUUUUCAUUUAACGGUCUUGUUGCUUACAACGUUGAGGUUGAAAAUAAUCUACCUGCCAGCAGAAUGCAAAGUAUUUAGUAGAUCAACAGCACCUGCUGUGUUUUUUGAAGAUAUAGCAAUGAAAUUGCCUUGCCCACUCUCAUAUUUUAAAGUAGACUGCGUUGGCUGAGUGCCAGGGAGCAAGAUCACAAGUAACUACUACAAUAAUGAUCAAAUAUCUAAAAAACCCCCUGAAAUCUACUAGUAAAAUAUAUCUUGAAAUAGAAGCCUUCAAUACUUUUGGAGACACCAAAAGCAAGAUUUCAAACUUCAGUCAGUAAGAAUUACAAUAUUUGCUUGUGGAUAUGGGGGGGACAAUGAUGGGGGAUGGGACACACAACUGUAACCGUAAGUUUUUGCUUCUUUCUGAAUCAGCAACAAAAAGCUUCAGUGAACUUGCAGCAUGUAUAUGCACGUACACACAGCAGCUCUGACCUACUUUGCUCACUAAUGGGUACCAUGUAUGAAAUACAUCUGCCCAUCAACUGCAAGCCAACAGCCAGUACAGAAGCAAAGGGAAAAUAAGCAGUUUUUAAGAUGAUUUUGCAAACAUUGGGACCAAUAAAAAAUAGUACUGUUUUUUUUUACAUCACUCUUACAUUGCUUUUCCAUGUAAAUAUUACAGCUAUAUCUAAUAUGGUUUGUAUCUGGGGAGGGGUGCAGAGACAUGUGAACAGAUAGAUACUGAUGACAUAAAAGAUUAUUUGUAAGCACUAUUUCACAGUCCAAACAAUGCAAUGUUUUUACAGCGUUAUCCAAGAAAUGUCCACACAGUACAAGACUCAGAUUUGUCUAUUGUAUAUAUCCAUGCUUAAAAACAUUCUUUGUGUAGACUGAUUUACUAAUUUGAAAAAUGCAAAGGAAUUUGUUGUCAGCACUGUAUCUGCAAUCAUCAUGUCACAUCAAGCUUCUACUAAUAAAGUGUUAUUCUUGGAGUUAUUCUU